AUGGAAGCGGACGACUACACGGAUGCAGCAGCUGCUGCUGUGUACCCCUCGUACCAGCAGCACCUCCGCAGGCGACGCCAGGUUGACUUCGGAGACCUCUGUUUGAUGGCGACCGAGCUCUUCACCCGACAUCCGGAGGUUCUCGAGCGGUAUCGGUGGCGCUUUCGCCACGUGCUGGUGGACGAAUACCAAGACACUAGCCCCGCGCAGCAACGCCUUCUCAAGGCGCUGGUGUCGGGCGUUCCUUCGAAGCGGCGUGCCUCCUCAGCAACGCCUGCCUCCAUUUCACCAGAUCCGGCGGUCGCUAUGAGCGAGGGGGAGGACGGCGAAUGUUUCGACGCCGCGGGUACCGGCAAGGGUGAGGGGCUAGAGCACCACCAGGGUCUGGGUGUGAGCCUGUUUUGCGCGGGAGACGAGGACCAGCACAUCUACGGGUGGAGAGGCACAACGGUGGAUCAUCUUCACAGGCACGUUCGAGGAAGAUUUUCCGGGGGCCGUGAGGUGCGCCUUGACGGAGACCCACCGCCUACCCGUGCACGUGCUGCGGUCCGCGACGGGCCUCAUGCGAGCCGGCGGGCUCGUGCCCCUUCUCAACCGACGGAUGAGGACCAAGCAGCACACGCCCGCCGCGAGGAGGGAAAGUGGGUUGCGCUGGAGGCGAGCAAGAUGAAUCGGGAGCAAGGCAUCAGCUACAAGGACAUGGCGGUGAUAGCUCGAACGGCGUACAACACGAGGGAGUUGGAGGAGGCCUUGGCCGCUAGAGGAGUACCGUACACCGUGGAAGGCGGAUCGUCGUUUUUUUCCAGAGGCGAGGUUCAGGCGCCGUUGGCGCUGCUGGCUCUCUGCGCAAACCCGCAGGAUGAUGAGGCGUUUCGACGUUUCAUUUCGCUCCGAUCGAAGACGCGUCUGCUUGACUGGGCGACCCCAUCAACGAUGCGGGGGGUCGGGGAGCUAGCGGUGGCGGACGGUGUUUCCUAUGCGGAAGGAGUACGUCUUUCCGUCAGCCGGGGGCUCUUGAAGGGAGAAGAUUCUUCGAACUUCAUCUACGGUCUCAGAAGGUGGGCCUCCCUGUUGAUGGGGUGGCAAAGGCUGCACGACGCCGAGCGGGGAGCUGCCGUCUGGCGAAUUUUCUGGGAGGCAGGGUUUCUCCCUCGUCCGGUGGAUGCCUCCUUCGCCUCCCACCGGGGAGGACGAAGGGGCCCCGUGGGCGGCUCGAGAAUGACCAAGGACCAGGAGUCGAUCGGCAAGCUGGCGACGGCGGCUUCGAGGUGCGACCACAUUGGACGGUUCCUGCUGAGGGCAGCGAGGGCUAGGUAA